CUGGCCGGAUACGCCCUGGCUCCCCUAUCAACGACGUUCACUUUGUCGCACCACGAGGAGAAACCUCCAGCCGCCUCCAAGCCACCACUUGUGACGAGGCCGCAAACUUCACCGUCCUCGUCCUCGCCUUGUCAUACCCGAAUGCCCAGCAACAGACGGCACUCUUUGAUCCGUAAAGAGGCUGGGUCAGUCACUAAAAGCCCGCGUAUUCAUCGUCCACCGUCGCUCCCCUUCGACGCUCAACCCGAGGGAACAAGGGAAACAUCCUCAAGGCUCCAGGACCCCUCUUUCACUGCCUUCUCCCGCUUCUGGCAUGCCCUGCUAGUCAACUGGGCUCACCUAUCCCGUACCAUACACUACAGUACACGCACACCCCUUGCCCCGGCCGUAUCAAGGAGCACCACCACGCCGUACACUGCAGCAAUUCUCCCCUCUGGGCGAGAAAAGAGGACCAUCCUGGCUCCCUCUCGCCUCUUCCUUGGAUAA